CUUUCCUCAACCCCGACCUGAAUCUUGUAGUGCUCGCCUCCGAAGCUCCGAUCUCACUCCAGACAAGCUUAAUUCUUAUACCUAAAGCCCGAUAAAAACCGUCGCCAUGGCUAUGGGAAUCAUCACCAUUAUCCACGCCGUGCUGGCGAUCUUCCUCAUCAUUGAGCUUGGUUUGACGGCAUAUGUUGUCGACAUCAGCAACCCUCGCAGCUGGGGCUGGGGCGGCGAUACCCCUUCGUCGUUUUCUUUUAUGCUCUUCAACUCGGUCUGGUCCAUCCUCAUCCUGUUCUACCUGGCCUUGACGCCCCUCUUCGCCUCCCGCCUCUACCACAGCGUCGUCGCUCUCGGCCUGCUCGCCGUCACCACCAUCUUCUGGUUUGCCGGCUCCAUUGCCAUGGCUGCCAAGAUUGGUGUCCCCAACUGCCACGGCUCGACCCCCUGCCAGUCCACCCAGGCUGCCGUCGCCUUUGGCUUCUUCAUCUGGGCCAUCUUUACUGGCUUGACUGUCAUGGAGGGCUUGGCUCACAUGCGAUCCCGUGGUCAUGCGGCCCACGCGGACACCACCAAGCCCGCCAUGAACCACUACGGUGCUUGAGCGAUGUGUGAGAAGAAACAAUUUGGUGUCACAGAAUGACGGUGGUAAUGGUUUCCUACGCCUCCUCGUCCCUUGUAUGAUUUUUGAGCUUUAUGCGAAACGGCCGGAAGAUACCCUUCAGGACUGACAAACGCGUUGGAACGCGUCAACAUUUACUUGAGUGUUUCUUGUGUAUUACGCAAUGUUAGAUUGCCGUCAGUCUGGUAAUAAAAGAUGAAUCACUUUUCUCAA